AUGUCUUUCCAAGGCAAGAAGAGCAUCCCCCGGAUCACGAGUGACCGCCUUCUGAUCAGAGGUGGGAAGAUUGUGAAUGACGACCAGUCAUUUUAUGCUGAUUUGUACGUGGAAGAUGGUUUGAUAAAACAAAUUGGGGAAAACCUCAUUGUCCCUGGGGGCAUCAGAACUAUUGAUGCCCAUGGCCUGAUGGUCCUGCCAGGUGGAAUUGACGUCCACACACGGCUGCAGAUGCCCGCACUGGGCAUGACCCCGGCGGACGACUUCUUCCAGGGCACCAAGGCAGCCUUAGCCGGAGGGACCACCAUGAUAUUGGACCACGUGUUCCCAGACACGGGCGUGAGCCUGCUGGCGGCCUACGAGCAGUGGCGGGAGCGGGCAGACAGCACGGCUUGCUGUGACUACUCCCUGCACGUGGACAUUGCCCGCUGGCACGAGAGCAUCAAGGAGGAGCUGGAGGCCCUGGUCAAGGACAAGGGCGUGAACUCCUUCUUGGUCUUCAUGGCAUACAAGGACAGGUGUCAGUGCACCGAUGGCCAGAUGUACGAGAUUUUCAGCAUCAUCCGAGACCUGGGGGCCCUGGCCCUUGUGCACGCAGAGAACGGGGACAUUGUUGAGGAGGAGCAGAGGCGGGUGCUGGAGCUCGGCAUCACAGGGCCGGAGGGCCACGUACUCAGCCGCCCUGAGGAGGUGGAGGCCGAGGCUGCCUACCGUGCAGUCACCAUCGCCAAGCAGGCCAACUGUCCGCUGUAUGUCACCAAGGUGAUGAGCAAGGGUGCCGCAGACGUGGUCGCCCAGGCCAAGCGGCGAGGGAUUGUCGUGUUUGGAGAGCCUGUCACUGCCAGCCUGGGCACCGACGGAUCCCACUACUGGAGCAAGAACUGGGCGAAAGCUGCAGCCUUCGUCACCUCGCCCCCCAUCAGCCCAGACCCCAGCACCCCAGACUACCUCACAGCCCUGCUAUCCAGUGGGGACCUCCAAGUCACAGGCAGUGCCCACUGCACGUUCAGCACGGCCCAGAAGGCUGUCGGCAAGGACAACUUCACGCUGAUCCCCGAGGGCACCAACGGUGUGGAGGAACGCAUGGCUGUGGUCUGGGAGCGAUGCGUGGCCUCGGGGAAGAUGGAUGAGAAUGAGUUUGUUGCGGUGACCAGUACAAACGCAGCCAAAGUCUUCAAUCUUUACCCAAGGAAGGGCCGAGUGGCUGUGGGUUCUGAUGCUGACCUGGUUAUAUGGAAUCCCAAGACCACCAGGAUCAUCUCUGCCAAGAGCCACAACCUGAACGUGGAGUACAACAUUUUUGAAGGCAUCGAGUGCCGAGGGGCCCCCACAGUGGUCAUUAGUCAGGGCCGGGUUGUGCUGGAGGACGGGAACCUGUUUGUCACCCCUGGGGCCGGCCGCUUCAUUCCCCGGAAGACGUUCCCUGACUUUGUCUACAAGAGGAUAAAGGCGCGGAACAGGCUUGCAGAGAUCCAUGGUGUGCCCCGGGGCCUCUAUGACGGGCUGGCCCAUGAGGUGAUGGUGCCUGCCAAGGCCACAAGUGGUACUCCCGCCCGUGCCUCCUGCCCAGGCAAGAUCUCUGUGCCACCUGUGCGCAACCUGCACCAGUCAGGGUUCAGCCUCUCCGGGUCUCAGGCUGAUGACCACAUUGCCAGGCGCACAGCUCAGAAGAUCAUGGCUCCCCCUGGUGGCCGCUCCAACAUCACCUCCCUCUCCUAGACACCUGGCCUCAGAUCCCAGCUCCCUUCCUUAGCCUCUCCCUUUCCUGAAUGGUGCUCGGCCUUGCCUUCCCAUCCCCCAGAGCUCCCCUCUGGGGCCCCUGGUCCUGCCACCCAUGGGGAGCCCCAGCGAGGGGAGGGCUGAACUUGGGAGAUUUCACUGCCAGGGCAAGGAGGCUGAACGCCCAGUGCUAGGUGCCCUUACACUGCUGAGCGUGAAGGUGAGGCUGCAGCCCGAGGGGCAAGGCCACCACCCAAGGGGCAAGGCCACCACCAGAUGCUUCACAGAGUGCAGGGGACAGCUGGUGUGGCUGACAAGGGCUCCAGCUCCAAGCUCGGGAGCCUGGUGAAACUGCGUCCAGGCGACCCUGCCCCCUCCUGGUUUAAGUCACUGGCACCCAUGCCUCAGGCUCCGCCUGUCCCAGAGCCUUCUCAGCCUCCACUCAGGUGGCCCAGGUCCCCCUCGGGCCCAGGGGAGGGAGCAGCUGGCCCCCGGUGCCCAGAGCUGCUGCGACUUCAGGGAUCCACCAGGGCUGCAUGCGGCGAGUUUCCGGAGGACUUUGGCAAGGACUCCUUUGUGUUCAUUCCCAAGGACCAAACCUCAACCUUCUUAGUAGC